GCAAUGGUUGGAACGCUGCUGAAAGCCCAAAACGUCGGAAUAAUGGCAUACCAACAUUCAGCCCCCUGCGACGGUUUCUUCGAAACGACCAGGUCGGUUGUCCAACGCACCCCCAGACGCUUAUUAGCUGCGGUUCAUCUCAUCACUCAGCAUACGCACCAAGGAACAUGAAGGCCUCAUCGUCACACUUGGACAUGUUUAUCAUUGCCCUGUGGAUAUUCGUCGGCGUCGCUGCCGUCGUCUGCGUCCUUGCCUUCGUGCUAUUCAGGAUGCGCCAACGUCGCCUUGCCGCCGCCGGCCUCGGCGCCACCACGGGCACCAACUCACCCGUUGAAGGCGGUGUGAUCUACGACGUCCUGAGUACGCCAGUGAUGGCGUACAGUGUCAAGAUCGUUGACACCCCAAAAGGAUCGCAGAAUGUGAUGGAAGCUGCGAUCUAAUUGAUGGAUAGUAACACCGUCUCUGGUUAUAUACGUAACCCAAGUCGUGGGCACCUUCCAGUAUACUUGUAUUGUCGAAUGUGCUUCUGGGGGCAACAAGAAGCAAAUGAGUGAUCAUAUUUCUACAUCCUUAUACACGGCUGUCGACCCAUCAAGCAGCAUGCACCCUUCGAGGACCAAAAACAAGAUCUCAUUGGUCGAAAAAGAUAUUUUCGUUGAUAUAUUUUGAC